AUGGUUCGCCAUCGUUUGGGUGGUUGGCCCUUCCUCCAGAAGGUUGCUAGCAGGCCAUCGAAGAAAGCCUGGAAUGCUCUUGAUGUGGUCGCGGUUGUUGAAGCCUUCUCUGUCCAAAUGACAUUGAAGACGUUUGCCUUCGUCGUUGCGAUUUGUGAUAUGGAAGUUGUGUUGUCUAACUGGAAGCAAAUUCUGGUAUAA